UCAGUGCGUCGUCGCAGUCGAGGGGUGAAAAGGGAUUAUGUAUCGUCGGGUUAGUUCGUUCUUCGUACCUGCCAAUUCAUAUUUCGUGUUUCGUUGCGCGUGAGACUCGUGCGAUCCUCGAGCGGAGCACAUCGUAAUGGCCGCGACCUGACUCGGGUGGCGUGCAUGCGAGCUACCGUGUUCGCGUUACGUGAAGCAGACCAUCGUAAAGGGAAGUAGAAUAAGACUAGUACGGAGAACGAGAAGACACGACGGAAUUUAGGGUUACGCGAUUUCGGUGCGUGUCGUGAGUGCGUGUGGGUGGGCGAGGCGUGAACUCGCAACGAGAGUCUCGAGGACGACGAGCCAUGAGCGAGGAUCGGAGCGAAGAGGAUCCUCUAAUGGAUCUUUGGUAUAGCAACUGGGAGCAACAGUGCGUUGAGGCAUUGGAGACAGAGCCGGAUUACGAAACACAACUGCACAACGAAAAGGAAAUCUAUUCCCAGCAGAUGUGGACGAGUUUUCAGACGACGGCGUCGGCCAUCGCCCAGCUGUACAAAGAUCGUACACAGGGUGUCUCUUUAUGGCUACCCUUCCAGACUGCGGCAGGUACCGUCACAUCGUUGUACAAAGGUUCAAUAGACAGCAUGCGUCGAUGCAGUGAGUUAGGUGUAGAAAUGGGUCGGCAAAAGCGUAGUAAAGAAAUAAUGAAUUGGGCUAGGAAGAAAAGGCGUAUGAUUCGUAGAGAAGAUCUCUUAGCAUAUCUUGCUGGAAAACCACCUCCACCUCGACCACAUUCGCACAGAAGUUCACCUAAGCCAAGGAUGAUGGUGUGUAGUUCUCCUCCAUCUGAAAGUUCGACACCAAAUAUGGUUGUUGCACCAACACCAAUACCUGGAAAUGAUCCUGAUCCUGAAUUACAUACAUUUAGAGAAGCAAUUGCAUUGUCUGGUUCACCAAUGUCUCGACGUACUGGCAGACAAGCCGAAUUGUCGGCUUUUAUUACUAGCGAAUUCGCUCGACAUCACAAACGGCCUGCUUCGCAUGACGUGGAUAUGGGAUCUCCCACGCACAAACGUUCGCGUUUCAUGUAACGGCGCGCGAUGUGUAAAGUAGCCUCACUCCCUUGUUCCCCAUUAAUUAAUCAAUUGAUAAAUUAAUUAUUAACGGUUCAACUCCCCUACAUAGUUCCCGGUUAAACAUAAUCACUUCAA